ACCGUCUGUCCCUCUGCGCGUCUCGGGUUCAAACAGGCUCGUUUAUCGGGUAGACUCGUAACCGUGCCACACUAUGGCCUUCUUCGGUUUAACACACCUGGGUUAUCAAAACCCAAUAGGCGAUAAGAUGAUAGUGAAUCCUCCGGGACCGUCUCAUUCUCAGGAUGGUGGGAUUAACAUCAAAGCAGAACUGCCCCCAUCGCUUCAAGAACAACAGGGACCCCUCAGAUGUGCAGACAAAUGCAACGUUUACCCCCAGCCUCUUCCCUACAGCACUGACAUACACCAUGGGAGCCACGAGCGAUACAAAGAGAUGGUCAGACGAGUUCAAACACCCAGAUCUCCCAACCAGCUGUACGUAAUGCCUGUGACGGACAGCCAGCAGUAUGGAUGGAUGAUGUCCAGGAGUCCUGAACCAUGGACGCAAGUCAAACGGUUUCCCCGAAAGAACAGUGAGAUGACCAAGUUUGUCAAAGAAAUGUCAGUGACAGACCGGGAGUUCAGCCUGUUUUGAAAGCCUUCUCUGUUUUUCUUCUUCUUCACAUUCACUCACACACAUACAU